AUGCAGUUCCUGAGGGUGACGAAGCAGUACCUCCCUCACGUGGCCCGCCUGUGCCUGAUCAGCACCUUCCUGGAGGAUGGCAUCCGCAUGUGGUUCCAGUGGAGCGAACAGAGGGAUUACAUUGAUGGCACAUGGAACUGUGGCUAUUUCCUGGCUUCCAUCUUUGUGUUCAUAAAUCUCUUCGGACAGCUAAGCGGCUGUAUCCUGGUGCUGAGUAGGAACUUUGUGCAAUAUGCCUGCUUUGGACUGUUUGGAAUUAUAGCAUUACAGACUAUUGCAUACAGCAUUCUAUGGGACCUGAAGUUCUUGAUGAGGAACCUUGCCCUUGGGGGAGGCUUACUGCUGCUUUUGGCUGAGUCGCGCUCAGAGGGGAAGAGCAUGUUUGCUGGUGUCCCUACCAUGCGGGAAAGCUCUCCUAAGCAGUACAUGCAGCUGGGGGGCCGUGUGCUGCUGGUCCUCAUGUUCAUGACACUGCUACAUUUUGAUAUGAACUUCUUUUCUAUUCUGCAGAACAUUGUGGGCACAGCCCUGAUUAUCUUGGUGGCAAUUGGCUUCAAGACUAAGCUGGCUGCCUUGACUCUAGUCAUCUGGCUGUUUGGCAUCAACAUCUACUUCAAUGCCUUCUGGACCGUCCCAGCCUACAAGCCCAUGCACGACUUCCUCAAAUACGAUUUCUUCCAGACCAUGUCUGUAAUUGGAGGGCUUCUCCUCGUGGUUGCACUGGGCCCUGGCGGAGUCUCCAUGGAUGAGAAGAAAAAAGAGUGGUAACAGGAAUAGCAACACUUAUUGGGACAUAAUGUAUUAAGUCCAGAACUGAUUCUCUAUGGAUUCAACAAAAACUGCCAGCAUUUUACACGUACAUACCCCCUUCCUAUUAAAGGCACAGAUGUUUUGAAUUUGAUUUACAGUGGCACCAGUGAUAUAGAUAAAAUCCUAUUUCUUCAAGGAAUGUUGCCUAGGCUUAUUCUAACUUCCUAGAUUUGGAACUAACCCAAGGAACCUGCAUUUUGCUGAUGUUUCAGUGAGUUGCAGUAGAACGGUUACUGUCUUUAAUGUCAGCAAUGUUUUAAAAUUUGAAGUACUGUGAGCAGAUACAGCUGUAUCAUUCAGUGUGCUUUGGGUUCUAGCUAUAACUAAAAAAGUGGAUCCCCUUUCUCGCCCUCAUCAAAACUGUCUUGUGCAUAAGGAGUUCCAUUGCUGGUUAUAGCAUUGCUUAUCAAGGUGGAAAGCAGCAUUUAAAAAAAAAAAAAGGCUUGUUAUUUUGCUGCUCAGAGGCCUGUAAUUCCAUUUUGUUUAACAAGAGGGGAGGUCUUUCCUGCCCCCAAAUAAAAGGCAAAAGGAAAACCCUGAAAGUAAUUGUACCCCCUUCUAGGUCAGAAAAGGGAGAGGGUUUUCUAACAUAUCCCAGUUCUGCUUUUGAGGGGAACAAGGGAGAAUCCUGUAUUGCUAUUUAGGAAUCUUGUAUGGCUAAUCAGAUUUCAAGAAGGAAGGGAGGGGAGAUUCUCCUGAAGAGACAGAAU